AGCACAAGCUGGUGUGAUGGCGAGCACAAGAAUUCGCACACAGGCCAUAGAGCCUCUAGUAUCCUUCCUGAUGUGCUUGCAAAUCCUGAUUGGCAGCCCACAAAUUCUGCAGCACCCGUACUUCCCCCAUUCACUGCCCAACCCGAAAUUCAGGUGGAAACAGCAAAUUUAAAUAAUCCCCUUGAUUUUUUGGAGUUGUUUUUCAUGGAAGAUCUGUAUGCAUUGAUUGUGGAUCAAAGCAAUUUAUAUGCACAACAAUUUAUAGCCGCCAACCCAGAUUCAAACCUUGCCAGAUCAUUCGCAUGGAAACCUAUUACAGUUUCCCAAUUUAAUUUUUUUUGGGUCCUAACCCUCAACAUGGGCAUUACUAAAAAAAUUAAUUUCGGUUGUGUUGGUCCACAGAACCAAUUCAUCAUAUGCCCAUGUUCUCUGCUGCCAUGGCCAGGCAUAGAUAUGAGAAUAUAAUGCAUUUUAUGCAUUUCAAUGACAAAAACACUCUGUUGUCCUCAGGGUGACCUUAAAUUUGACCAGCUCCACAAAAUUUGGCUACCUUAACCAAAAAUUUGCAGAUAUCUAUACUCCCCAACGAAACAUUUGUGUUGAUGAGUCCCUCAUUAGUUUUUCUGGCCAGGUUGCAUUCAAACAAUUUCUCCCCAGCAAGCAUGCCAGAUAUGGGGUCAAGAUGUAUAAGACCUGUGUGAAGGCAACAGGCUAUACAUAAAAGUUUCGGAUUUCCGAGGGAAAAUAUUCACUUGGAGCCCCCCAGAUGCUCAGACUACAUGGGGAGUAAUGGCAAGAUAGUUUGGGACUUGGUGUCAUCCUUUUUUCAUAUGGGGUACCACUUAUACGUGGACAAUUUUUAUUCAAGCACGUCAAUAUUUAGACAUUUGUACAAUCUUGGA